UUGCAAAACGGGUCUCCAUCUCCCCAGAUGCCACCGAACCGCAAGAGGCGAGCACCAGCCAUGGAACCCGCGGCAGGAGGCGCCGGUCAGCAGCGCCAGAGCAAAGCUUCGGCGAGCAAGAAGGCAAAAAAGGGCGGCGGCAGCGGUGGGAGAUGGCCAGCGGUCAAGCCUAAGAAGGAUCUCCAGAUCAAUCGCCUCAAGGGCACCCAACUCCUCACCAUUCCAGACUUCUUCACUUCCACUGAGGCGAAGGCGUUCAUUGAUAUCACUGAGUCUAUGGGCUUCACGCACCAGGGCAGUUUGGGGCCACUAAAGGGAGAGGCUUACAGAGACAAUGAUCGGAUAUCUGUAACGGAUCCAUUGCUUGCUCAAGCCAUUUGGGAAUCAGGGAUAAACAGAAUAUUUACAGACAUCAACAUCUCUGGCAAAGUAGCUACAGGAUUGAAUUCAAAUAUCAGGUUCUACAGGUACACUGAAGGUCAGCGUUUUGGUAGGCAUAUUGAUGAGAGUGUUGACCUUGGGGAUGGUUCUAAAACAUAUUAUACGCUGUUAGUAUACCUUUCUGGCAAAGGAAGUGCAAAGGAUUCAUCAGGACAAGGUCUUGUUGGAGGGGAGACUGUCUUUUAUGAUCAAAGAGGUGGAGUUGUUGCUGAGGUUGCUCCAGUGCAAGGAAUGGCUCUCCUCCACCUGCAUGGCGCCAAAUGUAUGUUGCAUGAAGCCCGGGUUGUGAAAAAGAAUGCCAAGUAUGUACUCCGUUCAGAUGUUGUAUUCUCUUAGCUGGAGAAGUGCCUCAAGCUUGUUUCAGAUCAAUCAGUCGUCUGUGGGCUGUGGCACAAUGAAUCUGGGAAAUACUUCUAGUUAGUUCCCCAUUUGAAAAAGUUGACAUACAGUGAUACAAGAGGCUUGUAACCUUUGCAAUGUUGGAAUUGAUCAUUUGACAUCAGAAUCACGUUUUCUUCUGUUGCUGCA